GCCUACAGAGCAAUGGGGGUUUUUUUCCCAGGACUUCUUUAUUGUGCUGUUGACGACCCAUUGCUGCACUGCUUUAGGAGUCAUCUACAGAUAACGGAUCCAAUGAAUUCACUUGAGACUGCAGACACUCAGUCACAGCCUGCUGUCCCACUGUCUCCCUUUGUAUACAUUCCUCCCACCCUGAGAGAUGGUGAGUGUUACCAUGUCUUCAUCAGCUACAGCAGCACUGACUACCAGUGGACCCACUCCCUCAUCAACCAGCUGGAGUCCUGCGGCCUGCAGGUGUGCUACCAUGAGCGUGACUUCACUCCCGGCCGCACCGUGUUGGAAAACAUGUCCGACUGCAUCCAGGAGAGCCAGAAGGUGCUGCUGGUUCUCAGCCCAGAGUUUGUGAGGAGCCGCUGGUGUCUCCUGGAGGCCAACAUGUCUCUGUUCAGAGACUGUCUGGAGAGGAAACCCAUGGUCCCAGUGCUGCUGGAGCCAGGAGUCUCUGUUCCUCUCCACCUCUGCCACCUCACCUACCUGGAGGCCAGCGACCCCGACUUUAAGAAUAAGCUGCUCAAGGUGCUCUGCACCCCCAACCAGCAGCUUCAAGGGUCCACUGUGAUGCCCUUCCAGCCUCCCUCUAUCUACAAUGGGAAGGCCCUGCAGCCUCUGACUGCUGUCAAUGAGGAGAGACUCAACAAAUGGGACUGUGGUCAGUUCAGUGACAUGGAGGUGCCAGAUCAGCUGCGUCUGAUCAUCGAGGACCAAGAGAAAUACAGAGAGGCUGUGAGGAUGAUCAACACUGUCUCUCAUAAUAAACCCAGCUCCACUGGUCACCUGGAGGGAGGGGUGUGUUUCUGUCAGUACGUCUCUCAGCAGCUGAGUGCAGAUCAGUGGGAAUAG